AUGGGCUGCUCAAUCUGCCUCGAUGCCUACGGCGAUGACGACGAUGUACGACCCGUCUGCCUCCCCUGCGGGCACGUCUUCCACGGCAACUGCAUUACGCAAUGGCUUCAAGACGGGCCCGGUUCCAGCAGUCACGCAAGACGAGGCUGCCCAAAAUGCAAGGCCAAAGCCAAGAAGGACGACAUCACGCGCCUUUGGCCAGACGAUGUCCAUGAUCUCGAUCGACUCCUCGCUGAGCGCAACGACCCUGACUCGCAAUGGGCUGCCUCACUGGCUCAUCUGACGCCGGAUGAGGCAAAACAGCUCCUUGAUGACCUCGUCGACUUCCAGUGUGCCGCUCAGCAAUACGUACAGGGCGUACUCGGCGUCAACGCCGUAUCUACGAGGGCAGCGGGGAAGAGGGUCUUCAAGCUGAUACAGGACAAGACGAACAAUCCUGCUGUGCAUCAGAAUCUACAGACUAUGCUCACCAAACUCGAAUCCUCUAUCCUGACCUUCGACUACCAACUCUCCCGCGCGUCCAAAGAAUCUGCGGUUCUCAGCAAGGGCAAAGAGCAAGUUGAUCAAAAGCUCGCCCACGUUCGCAAAAGGCGCGAUGAGGUACAAGCUCUGGAGAAGGCUGUGCAAGCAAAGGAGGCCGCAGUCGCCAAGUCGACCCAGACGCUUCAAGAGGCACGCGCAGCCUUCCAUAAGCAGACGGCAGGGUGGGAAGCUCAUGUCAAUGCUGCAAGGAAAGAGGUGGAGAAGUCCAAGAUGGAAGCACAGCAGGCUGCUGCAGAUGCUGCUCGUGCGCGUGUCGAAGCAAAGCAGUGGGUUGCCGCCAGGCAGGUCGAGUUCGAGGAGCUUCAGUCCAAGAUCGAUGAGCGAAUUGCCGCUGCAGAGGCUAGGAGAGACGAUGCGGAGAGGGAGAGAGAUGCGCAUCGCACAAAGGAGAAUGAGAUGGCUGCGCAGAUGAAGGUCAUGCAGGAGAAGAUGGAGAAGUGGAAGGGCUUCGUGGCGAGUGAGAAGCAGAAGCGGGCGGAUGAGAGGAAGAGGUUUGAAGGUGAGCGGGCCAAACUGGAGAAGCAGCUCAAGCAGGCCAAAGCGGCUGCAGCGGUGGCAGCGCCGACUUUGAUGGGCAGCAGCAGCAUCAACAACAACACAGUGGCACCUUCACCCUCAUCUACGGCGCACAGGAGGGGCAGUGCAGCCUCUCUCUCCCCUACAUCGAUGCCUUCGCCAUUCAUCAAACGCUCGCGGGCGGUCGCUGGCUCGCCUACACAUGAACACCACAGCGCCAAUGCCCACGCCUUCGACAAUGACGAAGAAACAUCCCCUCGACUGGUCUUCCUUGACUCGACGCAGCGUAGCAACCGCGAAUCAGCCCCUGCAGCACCUGACGCACAGUCGUCGAGCAAGCCUCGCAACCCGUCAGGACGAUAUCGCCACCGCAACAGUAGCAGCGAAGAGGAAGACGACGACUUCGAUGCGCCCAUGCCCGGAUUGCGUUUCGCUCACGCUCAUCGACAGCACAAGGUUGAGCCAGAAGGUGGCUCGCCUCGUCGCAGUCGCCGAAGUGAGAAGAGUGUGAGCAGCAACGUGCCUUUCGGGCGAGUGGGUGGGGCGACGGCCCCAACCUCAGCAUCAGCAGCUUUAGCAGCAUCAGCAUCGGCAUCGCAAGUCCAUUGCACGAAGAUUGCCCCUCUCACCGCGAAUCUCGCCACUGCUGGCGUCGCCGUAUCUCCUCAGCCUUCAUCAGCAUCAGCAGCAAGACCGAAUUCUAGAGGCCCGUACUGCAAAUGUCACGACUGCCGUGCAGAACGUCAUCGUGAUGACGAGCAGCAGCUGCAACACCGCCAAGAGGAAGCAAAACGCGCGCAGACCCUGCCACUGGCUCAGCUUCUGGGAGGCAAGGGGGCGGCGGUUGUUACGGGACCGAAGCAUAGGCUGAGGGCUUGA